CAGCGGCCACGUGACCGCCGGGGCGGAAGCGGCGGCGGGGACAUGGCCAAGUACCUGGCACAGAUCAUUCUGGUGGGGGCCCAGGUGGUGGGACGGGCCUUCAUGCGGGCGCUGCGCCAGGAGUUCGCAGCGAGCCAGGCCGCAGCCGAUGUACGAGGACGCGCAGAGAGGCCCCAGUCCGCUGCUGCCUCCAGGAUCAUCGGCAUCAGCCUCCAGGAGGCUCAACAGAUCCUCAACGUCUCCAACCUCAACCCUGAGGAGAUCCAGAAGAACUACGACCACUUGUUCAAGGUGAACGACAAAUCAGUGGGAGGCUCCUUCUACCUGCAGUCCAAGGUGGUGAGAGCCAAGGAGCGGCUGGACGAGGAGCUGCGCAUCCAGGCCAAGGGCGACAAGGAGAAGGGGCGGAAAGCCGAGACGUGACUCCUGCCCCCCGUGCCCCUCACCCUUAACUUAUAGGUAGCCAAUAAACACCAUGUCCUCCAGCACCUGGCCUGGCUGCUCCACACCCAGGGAGGGAGCGGGGACCUGCCUGCCCAGCGCUGCCCUGGAGGGAUCGGCCCCUGUGAGGGGCUGCAUUUGCCCAGGGGAGGAGGAAGAGGAGGAGGAGGAUCAGGAGGCAGCUGGGGAAGAAGGGGUGCCCCCAGGGCUUUAAGGCUGCCAGGGCUCAAAUGGCACUGGGGGAGGCUGCAGGAGCUAUUUUUGGUGGGGAGGUUGGAUGCUCUUGCAGUGCUACCUCUGGCUCCAUACCCUGGGUGUGCUGUGCCAUUACCUUCUCCCAGUGUGGGUCAGGGUGAGGGGACACCCUGUGGCUGUCCCCACCUGCAGCUCACCCCACAGAUGCUGGCAGGGUUUCACUGUGCCAAGGCCGCCUGAGCAGGAGCGUGGGGACACGGCUGGAGGUCAGGCAGGGCCAGCCGUGCCCCCAGGGUCACACCCGUCCCCUCCUGCACCCCUCUGUCCCCAGCAUGGGCUCCUUGCCAUUGCCACCACGACCAUGGACUGAAACAGGAACUUACUUCAACUUCACUUUAUUGUUUUCUUAAUAAACUUCCUCUCCCCUGGACGAA